AUGGCCGACUCAGGCUGGCUCCAGUGGGCCUACAUACUGGCCGGCUCCGCCACUGGCAUGACCAUCGUGAUGAUCGCACAGACUGCGAAUUCGUACUGGACGGCGUACAGGGUUGCGCCGCAGGAGGUGGCUAGCUUUAUCGACACGCUUGACUUUUCCAUUGAAGAAAACGAAGGCUACGACCGCGACAUCUCCAAGGUUCAGCGUCUUGAAGACAAGAUCCGCCUCAAUCGUCUGCUACGGGAAAUCCAGAGGAUCGGCGAUGACUUGCGCGACGACCUGAACCACCUUGUCCGCGAGGAGAGCGCAACCACGCUGCGGACCAGCUCGAGGAUCAUGUGGGCGUCGAAGCGCGCGCAGAUCGAAGAGAGGAUGAAGCGACUAGACUCGCUUCGCAUGCGCUUCAUGAUGGUCUAUCUGGGCAUCAUCACCUCCAUCGCCGAAAAGCAGCCUCCCCCUCCACCACCACUACCCAAGCAGCCGGAGAAGACGGCCGCUUACUCAACACCCAGCAGACUCUCGGCGAAGAAAUCAUUUGAUGAUCUGCCAAAGCGCACACCGACUCGAAGACUGACUACCCAGGCCAUCGGUCACCACGAGCAUGUCGAGACACCCCAGCGGAGUGGCUGGGCCGGAGUUGUCCAGGAGUUGCAAAUGUCGCCGCGGAUGCGAGCACGACAUGCUUCCAUCGAAAAGCUGAUGGAAGAUCCUUCACACUAA